GUGUCAUUGCAUUGAACGCAUAGUAAACAAAUAUCAAUCAUUAGUGAAGCAGCACCAUGAAACACGAUAAAAAACAUAAAAAGAACAAAUCUCCCAAAAGGAACAAAAAAUCCAAAAAGACUGAUCGCAAAGAAAAGAAGCACAAACACAAGCAGAAAAAAAAGACUUCGAAAAAACUGGAGAAAGCAUUGAACAGUUCCGAAGAAAUACAAGCAAACAUUGCCUCAGCUGCACAAGAUGCAGACGAUUACUGCGGCCCAUCAAUUGAUCUCAUGAACCGAGCCAAAUGUCCCGAGACGAAAGCGGAAUACGAUCAUAGACAAAACCAAAUAAAACGUGUUGUUGAUCAAGAAACUGGACGAAUUAGGUUAAUUAAAGGCGAUGGUGAAAUAUUGGAGGAAAUUGUUCCUCGCGAACGGCAUAAACAAAUCAAUCAAGAAGCAACACGAAAUGAUGGUGCUUCUUUUCAGAAAAACACAGUUGGUUUGGCACGUAAAUGAAUAUGGAAUUUUGUAAAUAAACAACAGUUACAAUGGACCACCGUGUCAUAAUACGUUCGGAUUGCAUGUGUCAAUUUUUGAAGAAAUGUGAAGAAAAAUGAAAGAUUAAAAAUGGAAAUACUGUUGUUUUCCUCGAAAGAAUCGUGUCAUUCAUAAUUCAUUGUUCCAUGUUCACAAAUAUCUCCAUAUUUUCAUAGCAAUUUACACCCUCAUUUAAUUGCUAUAAAUUGUAUAAAUUUUGUCAUUUAUAAAAAAACAAAAAUUCAAACAGUCGAAUACAUUUUUUUUGCAGUAAACACAAUGUGACAUGUAAUCAAAUGUCAAAUGACCAAAGUAUAACAACAUAACCUGUCUUAUUAUUGUUUUUGCAUUUCGUUGUCGAUUGUUGAUAUGUUUUUUGAGGGGAACUAAUUUUUAGCCUGCAUUUGCCCUAAUGUUCAAAAUCAAAAUGAAUAUUUUUUUGUGAUUAGGUAUUUUCAGAACGGAAAUAAUGUAACAACAAUGAAAAUUUCAGCAUGCCAAAUGCAAUUCUUGAUAAAUAUUCGACUGCUUGAGAUUUGAAAAUGGACAAACGUUCGUUUGCAAAAAAAAAAUGCAUGGCUUCAUCACUGAUGAUGAAGUUCAUCAGAGUUCUACAUUUUAUAACAGCCCAUCGAAAUGAUGAGGUAGUUUUCUCCAAAAAUCAAAUUAAGGAGACGAUCAGUCGCGUUUGGAAUCAAUGAAUAUUCCGAAAUAAAAGAUGAAAGUGGUCUGACAAAUCAUCAAUCUUAGAUUGUAAGAAUCAUGCAUAGUGUUAGGUGCAUGAGAAAUGAAUCUUUUAGAAAAGAACUGAAUAAAUAUUUAAUCCUUUUAGUAAACUGAAAUUGCCGUAAUACGUUCGCAAUAUGCUAUUGAGGAUAUUAUGCAAGAAAAUUUCGAAGAAAAAAAAUACAAUAUGAAUUGUUUAACAUUAGUACAAUUUAGAAAGAAUGAAACUUAUUACUUGAAAUAAAAAAUGCACGCAUUCUAAUGGAGGAAUGCUCAAAACGCAAAGGAACGAUUCAGAUUAAAAAUAUUCCAGGAAUUUUGUUUUUUUUUACCGCAUAUCAUGCAUAACGUUUGAUUAAUAGGCAACAUUACCCAAAUAUGACAAAUGUCUAAACAUUUUGAUGAUUUUAUUUCGAAUGGAAUAAAAAAAAUAUUCGAAAAUCAAA